AUCCACUCAUCCACUGAGCACCCGCUCAUUUCAACGUCCCGAUGUCUGCGUCAACGACCUACAGCCCUCCUGGUGGGCUCGUAACCGUCGAAGGUCUCCCGUACGACCCAAAGCCGUCUCUCCGGUAUGCAGCCAAGGUCGGGUCGCAAGCAGCUGUUGUCGGCCUCUUCGUGAGCACCAUCCAGAAUGCACUGGGUACGCAUAGUCGAGGUACAGCCGGUUUCCUCACACGUUAUGGAGGUACUAUUGGUGUUUUUGCUGGCAUGGGUGCAGCGUUUGCCUUGACCGAGUCCGUCGUAGCAAACCAACGUCAGAGGGAUGAUCCUAUUAAUGGAGUUGCGGGGGGCUGCGCUGCCGGCUUUUUGGCUGGCCUUCGCUCCCGAUCACUACCAAUGGCUGUCGCAUCCUGUGCGGUCCUUGGCGCUGCAGUAGGCGUGUUCGAUUAUUCAGGCCAGACCAUUGCUGGGCACGGCGCGAAUGAGUCCGUAGAGGAGAAGCGGAAACGAUUCUUCAAACAGCGACAUGGACCUCCAUCCCCAACACAGCAGGCGGAGGAAUGAGGGGGUUCUGCUCGGACAGUCUACUUGCUUUCUGUAAAAUCCAUCGUCGUGUGUAGACUAAUGGCAUGACGGCCCUAAUAUCCUAGCAAGCGCAAUUGAGCGGGCG